AAUUUGACAGUAUAAGGAUAGAGUGCACUAUGAGAAGAUAGCUAUAACUGUUUAUAUUUGAAGAUACAAUUAUUAUGCAUAUUUUCGUAAUUUAUUUACAUAAAUGAUACCUCUAUUUAUUUGAAAAAGCAGUUGAAUUAACAAUAUGCUUUUAAUAAAUUGCCGAUUGCAAAAAGAAAAUAACAUCUCUAAUGAUACUUGUGAAGUAUGACUCACUCUACUAUGUCAGUUUUUUACGGUUCUAUAACUAUGUUUUUAUAAAUACUUCUGUAUUUGUAUAAAUUGAAAAUCUCAUUAAUCAUGAACGUGCAGGAAUUGCGUGAUGGGUCUCCUUUACUACAAGCCAUAUUUUUUGGAGAUGUAGAUGAAGUUCGAGCAUUAUUAGCAAGAAAAGAAGAUCCAAACUGGCAAGAUAGGGAACAACGAUCUUUAUUACAUGCAGCUGCAUAUAGGGGAGAUCCAGCAAUUGUAGAAGCCCUUCUAUUAAAUGGAGCUGCAGUAAAUGCUAAAGAUAAGAAAUGGUUAACUCCUUUAUAUAGAGCCUGUUGCUCAGGGAAUCAUAAUGUAGUAGAAGUUUUGUUACGCCAUAAAGCAGAUGUCAAUAUCAGGGAUCGUAGUUGGCAAACUCCUUUACAUGUGGCAGCUGCAAACAAUGCUGUCCAAUGUGUAGAAUUGAUAGUUCCACAUUUAAUGAACAUUAAUGUAGCAGAUAGAGGUGGUAGAACAAGUUUGCAUCAUGCAGCUUACAAUGGACAUUUGGAAAUGACAGAAUAUUUAGCUCAAAUUGGUUGUGUAAUAAAUGCUUCUGAUAGACAAGAUCGAAGAGCUUUACAUUUUGCAGCAUAUAUGGGUCAUGAUGGAAUUGUGAGAGCGCUUAUAGCAAAAGGAGCAGAUGUAGAUGUUAAAGAUCGGGAUUUAUAUACUCCAUUGCAUGCAGCUGCAGCAUCUGGUAAUGUAGAAUGCAUGCAUACAUUAAUCAAAUCUGGAGCAGAUAUUGAAGCAAAAAAUGUAUAUGGAAAUACUCCUCUGCAUAUUGCAUGUUUAAAUGGCCAUGCUGAUGCAGUUACAGAGUUAAUUGCUAAUGCUGCAAACGUUGAGGCUGUAAAUUAUCGGGGACAAACGCCAUUACAUGUUGCUGCUGCUAGUACACAUGGUGUUCAUUGCUUGGAAGUCCUUUUAGAAGCUGGUUUGAGAAUAAAUGUUCAAUCAGAAGAUGGACGUACACCUUUACAUAUGACUGCAAUCCAUGGAAGAUUUACACGAUCAAAAAGUUUGCUUGAUGCAGGAGCAUCACCAGAUACUAAAGAUAAAAAUGGAAAUACUGCUUUACAUGUUGCUGCUUGGUUUGGCCAUGAAUGUUUAACAACAACUUUAUUAGAAUGUGGUGCAUCUCCAGCAGCGCGCAAUACUGAACAGCGUACUGCGUUGCAUCUUAGUUGCUUGGCAGGCCAUAUUGAGGUCUGUAGAAAAUUAUUACAAGUUGAUAGUCGACGUAUAGAUUCAAGAGAUAUUGGUGGUAGAACACCAUUACAUUUAGCAGCAUUCAAAGGAUCUGUUGAUUGUUUAGAUUUAUUAUUAUCCAGUGGAGCUAAUUUCCGAUUAACUGACAAUGAUAGCAGGUUAGCACUCCAUCAUGCUGCUAGUCAAGGUCAUUAUCUUUGCGUUUUUACUUUAGUUGGAUUUGGAAGUGAUUCCAAUGCACAAGAUGUAGAUGGUGCAACUCCUUUGCAUCUAGCUGCAGCAUCAAAUCCUACAGAUUCUGGUGCUGAAUGUGUACAAUAUUUAUUAAAGCAUAGAGCAGAUCCGCGUUUACGCGAUAAACGAGGUUUUACUGCUAUUCAUUAUGCUGUAGCUGGAGGAAAUCAACCAGCUUUAGAAGCUUUAUUGGAAGCUUGUCCACCAGGAAAUUUAACAGUAUCAUCUAAUUCUACAGGAAAAUCGGAACCUCCAUUACCUGCAUUAACAUCUUUACAUCUUGCUGCAUAUCAUGGACACAGUGAAAUAUUAAGCUUAUUAUUACCAUUAUUUUCUAAUACUAAUAUUAAAGAAGAUACUGGUAAAACACCUUUGGAUCUAGCUUCUUAUAAAGGUCACGAACAAUGCGUUCAACUUUUGUUAAGAUAUGGAGCUUGUGUAUCGGUUCAGGAUUCCAUUACAAGACGUACUCCAGUACAUUGUGCAGCUGCGGCAGGUCACUUUAAUUGUUUAGAACUUUUAUUAGAAAAUACAGAAGAUUCAAAUGUCGUCAAUUGUUACGAUACAAAACAACGAACUCCGUUAACAUUAGCAGUGGCAAAUAGCAAUCCAGAAUGUGCUCUGUUACUUUUAAAAUAUAAAGCAGAUUGUAAUUUACCGGAUGUGAAUAAGCAUACGCCAUUAUUUCGAGCAGUGGUUAAAGAGCGUGAUCAUCAACUAGUGGAAUUAUUGUUAUCACAUGGUGCCCAAGUAAUGAUACAAGAUGCAAAUGGUAAAACUCCGUUACAUUUAGCCGCCGCAUGUGGAAGAGUAAAAGCAUUGGCUUCUCUUGUCAAAGUUAAUUCAAUCGCUGCCACUUUAAAAGACGAUCAAGGAUGUACGGUUCUUCAUUGGGCAUGUUAUAAUGGGAAUUCGAAUUGUGUUGAAUAUUUAUUGGAACAAAAUGUAAUUGACUCCUUAGAGGGUAAUCCAUUCUCAGCUGUUCACUGUGCAGUUUAUCAAGGAUCAGCUCAUUGUUUAGAAUUAUUAAUAAAUAAGUUUGGAGGAAAAACCGUUGCUGCUCCGAGAGAUGUUCCGGGUGGUCGAUUGCCUUUACACGUUGCAGCUAGUUCAGGAUCUGUAGAAUGUGCAAAACUGAUUUUAAGUUCUGUUGGACCUGAAUUAGCUGGUCUUGAAACUCCAGAUUAUUCAGGUCGUACACCUCUUCUUUGCGCUGCUAUUACGGGUCAAUGUAGUGCUAUCGAGUUAUUGCUUGAAUGGAAAGCUGAUGUGCGUGCUGUUGACUGUAAUAAGAAUACAGCUCUUCAUUUAGCUUGCCAAAGACGACAUUCUGCUGCUGCUUCAUUAUUAUUAAAUUGGAUUAAUUCGCUUAAUACUAAUGGUGAAAAUACAUCACAACAACAACAAAGUAUGACAGUUAUUAAUAUGACUAAUAAACAACAAAGAACUCCAUUGCAUUUAGCAGCAAGAAAUGGUCUUGUAACGGUAACACGACGUUUAUUGCAAUUGGGUGCAAGUGUUGUCGCUGUCGACGCAGAAGGACUUACACCUGCAUUAGCUUGUGCUCCAAAUCCAGCUGUAGCACGAUGUUUAGCCACUAUUCUUGCUGCACAUGGUCAAAAUUGGGAAAUUGCACAACAUUCACCGUCAAUUCAACAAACAUCAGAAGUAUAUUUAAAUGGCAGAAGCGGCGAUUCACAACAUAGUUCAGAUUCGGAAUAUUACUGACAACAGGUGUCACGCUUAGAUCAUCAAGCGUUUCAGAAUUUAAACGUCGAUUCAAUACACGGAAAUAUUGAUGCUGCAAGAUUAAUUUGGACGAGUUGUUGGUUAUUUUCAAUUUUGACAUAAUAUUUCUAUAUAUAAAACAACAAAAUCAUUGAAUAUGGGAAAUCAAUUCUUAAUAAUUAUGCAAUUGUCAGUCUCUUAUAAGUAAUAAUGACAAUACCUUCAUUUUUACUAUUAACAUUUCGAUAAAAUUGCGAACUGCCAAAAGAGAUAUGAUAAUAUGUGUUUAAGCAUUGGCUAAGAGAGCAAUAAUAUUAGACUUAAAGAAAGUUUAUAUUAUUCAAUAAGCACAACUUUAAUUAGAUAUCUUAUAUGAAAAAAAUAUACUAUUGUUUUUUGCUUUAAUGUCACAAUUGCAUGCACAUAAUGCUCCUGACAAUGGAGUCAACACAUAAAUGUGUCUGGUACAAACAAGAUUUAUAGAUGAAAACAUAGACAUUCGAAAUUCAUAGUAAAUUGCUAAUAUAAUUGAUACCUCAUUAAAAAAAGACACGAUAAUGUGAUAAGAAAAUCAACUCACGUUAUUUUACAUUAUCGCUUUUAUUAUAACAUAAGGAUACUCAUAGACUCGUAAAUUAAUUCCUAACAUAAAUUCUUAAGAUUCACUAGCUUGCGCUAUUAAUUGCAUAUUUUUAAUAAUCAAGCAAUAUUUAUAUCUUUGAAUAAUAAAGCUUUUUAUAUUUUGCAAUGUAAUCAAUCUUUCAUCAAUUAGAAAAAGUACAAAUUAUAUCAAUAAAAAGAAUAUCGUAAUUUUCUA